CGAUUCCUCACUUGCCUUAAUUGCCGCCCCCUGCUUCAGCUCAUUUCCUCACCACCUUCGUCUCCGAUCGACGAUCUCUGAUUCUCCCAUCCAUUGACUCUCCCUAGCUAUAAAUAAACACACCUCUGAUCUCUCCACAGUGCGUGGGAGCUAGCUAGCUAGCGCUAGAAGUCUAGAAGCAGCUAGUAGCCACGCCAGUUAGUUUCCAAUUAAGCUAGCCAUGGCGGCAUUGCUCAGCAUGCUUCUCGUCGGCGUAGCGCUGGUGCAGCUAGGGAUGCACCCGAGCGCGGCGACCAUGGACGAGGACAUCGAGCUCAUCUGGGGCGCGAGCCACACCUACUUCUUCAUGGACGGCGAAACCGAGUCGCUGGCGCUGUCCCUGGACGACCAGCAGGGCUCUUGCUUCCGGUCCAAGGCCAUGUUCCUCUACGGCACCAUCAGCAUGGAGAUCAAGCUCGUCGAGGGCAACUCCGCCGGCGUCGUCGCCACCGCCUACACCAUCUCCGAAGGCCCGUGGUCGUACCACGACGAGAUCGACCUGGAGUUCCUCGGCAACGAAACCGGCCAGCCAAUCACGCUCCACACCAACAUCUUCGUCAACGGCGUCGGCGGCCGGGAGCAGCAGUUCUACCUGCCGUUCGACCCCACCGCCGACUACCACACCUACACCAUCGAGUGGAACCCUAAGUACAUCUUGAUCAGAGUGGACGGGAAGGCGGUCCGCGCGUUCAAGAACUACGAGGAGUACGGCGUGGCGUUCCCGACGUGGCAGCAGCAGCGCCUGUACGGCAGCCUGUGGGACGCGGACGAGUGGGCCACGCAGGGCGGCCGCGUCAAGACCGACUGGUCGGAGGCGCCCUUCGUCGCCUACUACCGGAACUACACCUUCGCCUGGUGCCAGCCGUCGCCCGGCGUGUCGUGGUGCGGCGCCGAGCCCAGGAACUCCUCGCGCUUCGACCUGGACCAGCGGACGCUGGACGAGCUGCGGUCGGCGAGCGACCAGCACAAGGUCUACGACUACUGCACCGACCACAAAAGGUACGACGGCUCCGAGUUCCCCAAGGAGUGCUCGCUGCAACGGCAAGGGCUGUGAUCGGUCGAUCAAUCGAUCGCGCGGGCGUUUGCGUUCUGUUGGUUUUCCAAUUGUUUGUUGAAGGCGAUCGACCGGUUUGAGAGCUCGAUCCGCUGAUUAUUGCUUGAUCAUUUUGUACAUCUGAUUGAUGAGGGGCACGGGUAUGAGUACAAUUUUGAUUCUUUUUUUUCUACAAAAGAUUGGUGAUGAGUUGGUCUUCUCCGGGGCGCGCGGUUGCUUCACUUUCUUCUCGAUCGGGCCAUUCAGAUGUAUCAAUUAAUAUUUCUCUGACAAGAGUUGUGCCUUUUGUUUUAGCAUUGGUUCGUCAUCAUAUGUAAUAAACACAUGAAUAGCAUCCACAUUUAUUGUUACGAGAAACCAAACUUUAUCAUU